AGAGCGGCAGAAAGGAGGGGGGUCGAGGAGGCCCAGUCUUAUAAAGGAGACUGGAUCCGAGCUACCCGCCAGACCCCGGUGCCCGGAUCCACCGUGCUGCCCGCCGCCCCACGUGUGCGCGCUGCGUCCGUCCCAGCUCCACCGCUGAGCCCGCUCGCCAUGGCCCUGUUUGGGACCCUCUUCCUGGCGCUGCUGGCCGGUACCCACGCCGAGCUGCCGGGCUGCAAGAUCCGCAUCACGUCCAAGGCGCUGGAGCUGGUGAAGCAGGAGGGGCUGCGCUUUCUGGAGCAAGAGCUGGAGACCAUCACCAUUCCAGACCUGAGCGGCGGAGAGGGCCAAUUCCACUACAACAUCUCCGAGGUGAAAGUCACUGAACUGCAGCUGACUUCCUCUGAGCUCCAUUUCCAGCCAGAACAAGAGCUGAUGCUACAAAUUUCCAACGCCUCUUUGGGGCUGCGCUUCCGGAGACAGCUUCUCUACUGGUUCUUCUAUGACGGGGGUUACAUCAAUGCCUCGGCCGAGGGUGUGUCCAUCCGCACAGGUCUACAGCUGUCGCAGGAUCCCACUGGCCGGAUGAAAGUGUCCAAUGUCUCCUGUGAGGCUUCUGUCUCCAGAAUGCAUGCAGCCUUUGGGGGAACCUUCAGGAAGGUGUAUGAAUUCCUCUCCACAUUCAUCACCUCUGGGAUGCGCUUUCUCCUCAAUCAGCAGAUCUGCCCAGUAAUCCACCACUCCGGCAUGGUGCUUCUCAACUCCCUCCUGGACACAGUGCCUGUGCGCACUUCUGUGGACGAGCUUGUCGGUAUUGACUACUCCCUCCUGAAGGAUCCUGUGGUCUCCUCCAACAAUCUUGAUAUGGAAUUCCGGGGUUCAUUCUUCCCCCUGGCGGAAGGGAACUUGAAUCUCCUCAACCGGGCUGUGGAGCCCCAGCUGCAGGAGGAGGAACGGAUGGUGUAUGUCGCCUUCUCUGAGUUCUUCUUCGACUCCGCCAUGGAAAGCUACUUCCGGGCAGGGGCGCUGCAGCUGUCACUCGUUGGGGACAAGGUGCCGAAUGACCUGGACAUGCUGCUGAGGGCGUCCUACUUCGGGAGCAUUGUCCUCCUGAGCCCUGCAGUGAUUGAUUCUCCCUUGAAGCUGGAGCUGCAGGCCACGGCCCCCCCGCGCUGCACCAUCAAGCCCUCGGGAACCACCAUUGCUGUCACUGCCAGUGUCACCAUCUCCCUGGUCCCACCUAACCGGCCUGAGGUUCAGCUGUCUAGCAUGAUCAUGGAAGCCCGUCUCAAUGCCAAGAUGACAUUCCGGGGCAAGGCACUGCGCACUAAACUGGACCUGCGCAGGUUCCAAAUCUACUCGAACCAGUCUGCGCUGGAGUCACUGGCACUAAUCCCUCUGCAGACCCCACUGAAGACCCUGCUACAGAUCGGGGUGAUGCCUAUGCUCAAUGAGAGGACCUGGCGCGGAGUGCAGAUCCCCCUACCUGAGGGCAUCAACUUUGUGCGCGAAGUGGUGACAAACCAUGCAGGCUUCCUCACCAUCGGGGCUGACCUCCACUUUGCCAAAGGGCUCCGAGAAGUAAUUGACAAGAACCGGCCUGCCAACCCCAUGGACCCUGGGACCUCCAGCGCCCCUCCACCCUCUGCAGCAGCUGCCUGAGCCCUCCAGCCCCAGCCCGGGAGCUGGCGCUCAGGACUUCACUCCUCCUCAGCAGCCCUUCCCUCUCCCCUCCACAACCUGUAGUGUUUCCCAGUGCCACAGAGAAGCUGGCAGUCUGAAGCUGUACCCAAUUUAAUGCCACAAUCAGUCAACCCAUCAAUUACAAUCCGUCCACACCUCUC